AUGGCUGGAGGACGCCGGGCCAAACCCGCGGGACCAAAAGCGCCGACCACGACGCUCGUCAUCGACAAUGGCGCCGACACGCUCAAGGCCGGCUUCGUGCGCGGCGGCAAAAUCGACGAGCCUCGCAUCAUCCCCAACUGCAUCGCCCGCGACCGCUCGAGGAAGGUCUACGUCGCUUCGGACCUCGAAAAGUGCCGCGACUUUGGAGAGAUCCAGUUUCGCCGGCCGGUGGAGAAGGGCUUCAUCGUCAACUGGGAGGCGCAGAAGGAGGUCUGGGACCACGAGUUCUUCGACGACAAUGCCCCGAUGAAAUGCGACCCGGCUGCGACGCGCUUGAUCUUGGGCGAGCCACCCAACGGGCUGCCGAUGCUGGAGACAAACUGCGAUCAGGUCGUUUUCGAGGAGUAUGGCUUUUCUAGCUAUUACCGUGGAAUAGGUCCGACAUUCAACGCCUACCACGACAUUCAGAGCAUCUUCCAGACUCCAAAGGACGCCUCCACAGUCUCAAAUACACCAUCCGAAGCUGUCAUGGUCAUCGACUCUGGCUAUUCCCACACAACCAUCACCCCCCUGCUGCAAGGCCGACCACUGCAGUCGGCAAUUCGACGACUCGAUGUCGGCGGCAAGGUCCUGACCAACUAUCUGACACGGCUCAUCUCCCUCCGCCACUUCGACAUGCGAAACGAUACGUACAUUGUCAACGAGAUGAAGGAACUUUCCUGCUACGUAACGUCCGAUUUCAAGUCCGACAUGGAAAAGUCAUGGAAGGGAACGCGGGGAGAACGACGUCCUGAUUUUGUUUCUGGAGGUGGUCUCGCCAAGGACUAUAUCCUACCAGACUUUCAUACCCGCUCGAGAGGAGUCCUCUGCGAAUAUGAACCCGCCCGGCACUCGAAAGCAAGAAAGGCAGCCGGACAGUCCGAGGAGGAUGCAUUGACGUUGCGCAACGAGAGAUUUGCGGUACCGGAACUCAUCUUCAGCCCCUCCGACGCAGGGAUCCGGCAACCUGGUUUGGCCGACCUCAUCCAAGACUCAUUGAAUGAGCUCCCGGCAGGUCUCUGGCCCAGCAUGUUGGCAAACAUUGUGGUUGUGGGCGGCAAUGCAUUGUUUGAUGGCUUCAUCCAGCGCCUGCAAAAGGAGGUGGUUCAACGAGUCCCCGAUGAUUGCAUUGUCCGUGUUGCUAGACCAGCAGACCCCAUCACCAAUACGUGGUACGGUGGAGCAAACCUCGCCAACCACUCGCAAAUAAACAAACUAGCUGUCACGAAACAAGAGUACGAGGAGCACGGUGCUGCUUGGGUUGCUCGGAAAUUCGCCACUGGUCUGGGAGUUUGA